AUGCAGCAUAUCACCCCGACAGCCACCGAACUGGACGAAAAGCUCGACGAGAGAUCGCGCGACAUCUUCCGGCGCAUCGUCGAAAGCUAUCUCACCGAGGGCGAGCCGGUCGGCUCGCGCAACCUGUCCAAGAUGUUGCCGACAUCGCUGUCGCCGGCCUCGGUGCGCAAUGUGAUGAGCGAUCUGGAGGCGCUCGGCCUGAUCUAUGCGCCGCACGUCUCUGCCGGGCGCCUGCCGACCGAGCAGGGUCUGCGCUUUUUUGUCGAUGCCUUCAUGGAUGCCGGCGCCGUCAGCGACGAGGAACGAGCGAUCAUCGACCAGCAAUUGGGCUCCGGCGAAGGCCAUCCGCAUACCGAGCAAUUGCUGACCGAGGCCAGCCAGAUGCUCAGCCGGGUGUCGAGCGGCGCGGGGCUCGUGCUGGCGGCCAAGCGCGACGGCGCGAUGAAGCAUAUCGAAUUCGUGCGCCUCGAAGAAACCAAGGCUCUGGCCGUUCUGGUCUGGGAAUCGGGCGAGGUCGAGAACCGCAUCAUCGACCUGCCUGCCGGCAUGACGGCAUCGCAACUGGCCGAGGCCGCAAACUUUCUCAACCAUCACGCGCGCGGGCAGACACUGGCCAACGUCCGCCGCGCCAUCAACGCGAUGCGCGGCGAAAUCCGCGCCGAACUGGAUGCGCUCAGCGCCAGCCUUGUGGAACGUGGGCUAGCGGUCUGGUCCGGCGCGAAUGACGGUCAUCCCCGCCAGCUGAUCGUGCGCGGCCGCGCCAAUCUGCUGGAAAACCUCACCGAUGCCGAGGAGAUCGAGCGCACCAAGAUGCUGCUCGACGAUCUCGAGCGCAAGGACGAGAUCAUCAGCGUUCUCGACAUGGCCGAGGAAGGCUCGGGCGUGCGCAUCUUCAUUGGAUCGGAGAACCGGCUGUUUUCGCUGUCCGGCUCGUCCUUGGUCGUUGCGCCCUAUCGCGACACCAACCGCCGGGUGAUCGGCGCGCUGGGCGUAUUGGGGCCGACACGGCUCAACUAUGCCAAGAUCGUGCCGAUGGUCGACUACACCGCGCAGCUGAUUUCGCGCAUGAUCGAACGCGAAUAG